AUGGACCGCAAUAAUGACGCACUGGUCAGGCGCCAGCGAGCCUCGGUCGCAUGCAACGCCUGCCGGAAGACCAAGUCCAGGUGCGAUGGCAUGAGACCCGUGUGCGAGCGAUGCAGCCGCCUGAGCGCCGAAUGUGUCUACUCGCAGAAUACCCAGGACAAGCGCCUGAACCGCCAGGUAGAGCGCAGGGCAAAUCUCGAGUUGCGCAGCAGAGUCGCCGAACUGGAGUCGCGCCUUGCUGCGACCGCGUCGCAUCCCGAUGACGCUGAGCAUUCUGGCAGCGUUGACGCCCGCAUCUCUUACCUGGGCACUUCUCCAGGAUUAGAAGCCGAGAGAAAUCACCCCAGCCAGAAAACAGCAUCCGCGGCUGGACGAUCAGAGCCAGAAUCGGUCAUUGAUGUCCUGGCCGCCGGCGUCUUUGACCACCCCUCUGCACAGAGCAGCAUCUGCUAUUUUGGUACAAGUUCCAAUCACUCUUUCUUCUGGUCUCUCAUAGCCACAAUUGCCAACCUGGGGCACCGCAAGAUUCGCCUAUUCCAGGAGCCUCUGCGGCAAAUUAGAGCAAAUGAAGGGCCCCUACAGCUACCUAGGCCACAGCCAUCCUGCAUCGGAGAGUAUUAUGGAAGAUACUCUUCCAUACCGGGCUCGAUGCCCGAGCAUGAUACUGCCAUCAGUUGGAUUGCUCGCUUCUUCGAUACCGUGGGCGCUGUCUUGCCCUACAUUAGCGAAUCCGCAGUUACCGACAGUCUCGAGAGAGUUGAAUCGAGCGCAGAUGAUGUGCCAGCACCUCGCUCGGUGCAAGCCCUGCUUUACAUUGUGUUUGCUCAUUCAUUGUCAGUCACUAAUACACAGAUGGCGGAACCGUUUUAUUUACGGACUCUGAGCGCCUUGGACCCCAGGACGCUUUAUACCCCCAGCAUCGAGCUCCUCCAAGCGCUUUUGUUGGUUUCUAGCUUCCAGCAGAAUAGCCAGAGGUCAACGGAGAGUUUGACGACGCAUGCCUUGGCGGUUAAAUCGGCAUACCACCUUGGAGUCCAUGCACCAUCCUCAUACGGCCACUUGACACCUGCCCAGAAAGAAGUACGCUCGAGGUUAUGGUUUGCGGUCAUUAAUCAGGACAGAAUGCUGAGUUCUGCCUUGGGACAGCCGUGUCUGAUACCUGCGCAGCACAUCAGGAUGGAAAUUCUAGAUCUAAUCGAUUCGUCCAAUCAGCAGAGAACACUUGAGAUGCAAUACCCCAAGGAAGAGCUGGAAUAUUUCCGCAAUCUUGUAGCGCUCCAUGAAAUUAUGGGUACUGCUCUUGACUCACUCUGCGGUUCGAAUAUCGAUCCUUCAUUUCGACUAGAGAUGCCGGACUUGCUCGGAAAGACCCUGGAGCUAUCUUUGCGGCUGGAAAGCUGGCUCAAUGAGCAACCCCCUUCAACGAUCAUCACUUCGGAGACCAAUGUCACAAGCUGGACGCCCACAGAGUUUGAAGCGAAAACACAGGGCAUCUUAUUAUCUAUAUACUACUAUCGAACUAUGCUGUUAGUUCACGGACCUCUUCUCAUGACGUCGCUUGAGAAGAGUACCCACAGCAAGAAAGGUGGUGUUCCUGCGGGAGUCCACCAAAACACCAUCAGCGGUUUACUCCAGAACGACUUGAGAGCUGUACAGGAUUUCGGGUUGCUGAUCAGCGGUAUCAUGGUCCAGUGUCCAUCAUUCUUCAAGAAGAAUACGGCGUGGUGGACCUGUAACUACGGCGCUCUUACUAUCUCCCUCCACAUGUUCGCGUUUUGGCUAGCCUCUGGAAACACUGUCAUCAAUUACUUGGCUCUUGGGCACGAUAGCUCUGAUCUGGAGAUGAAACUGCGGAGCUGCCUUGAUCGAUUGAGGGUAAUUGGUGCCUCAAGCGCUAUGAGCGUGAAAGCCCAUCGGUGCCUCCAGCGUCAUCUAGAUGUGCUGUCAAACAAAGGCUCCCAAUCUACACAGCAAGGACCUUAUGAAACAACAAGAGUUCAUCUUUCGUCUAUACCGGGCGUUCGGGACCACCUGGCACCCGCUGCAAGAGAAUAUCAAUUUGAGACUGGAGCUGGGUACUCUGGGGACGGUAUUGCCGAGUUUUUGCAAGGACAGCAUGUGGCUAGUAUGGCGGACCUGGACCUUUUUGGGCUGGAGUUGGGAGUUUCGGAUUUUGACGCCGCGGGCCUAAUAUGA